GUGUUUUUGUUGAUUAAGAAAAAGAGAAGUCCGUGCUUACUAUUCUUCACAGAUAUAUAAUAUAAUAUAUAAAAUUUAUUUUAUAUCUGUGCUAUUCUUACUCUAUAGUAUUUACUAUAAAUUUCAAUGCACGAUUUGAGAUAAUCACAAUCGUGAUGACUUACUGUUAGCAAGAUUAUUGUUAUCUUUAAAAAAUCUUAAGUGUUUAAUUUUUAGUACAAAAGCAACAUUUUAUUAAAAAGUUAAUUAAUUAUUAGUGUUGGUUGUUUUAUUCAUUAUGCCACAGGGAAAAUUCAAAAAUAAAUCACAAGUCUCUUUUUCGAAGAAAAAGAAGAACGAACCAAACAAAAGUAGAAAAGCAUGUCCAAUGCCUUCAAAAAAACACAAAUAUGAAGAAGGUCAGCGGAUUAAACGUAUGAUAAGUAAAAAUGUAAACAAAAUGGCUGAAGAGGAUUUAAGAUCAUUGGCUAUGGAUAACAAGAAAGUGUUUCUUUCGAAAAAGAAGAAACAAGUUGCACAAACAGUUAAAGCUCCAGACCCUAAACCUAAACAAAUCAAAGUUACCCAAAAAUAGAUUUCAUGUAUUUUAAUAUUAUUAUACAAAAUAUAUAAAAAAUUUUGUAAAACA